UCCCUCACCCUUAGUCUACGGGUCAGACACAAUCCGCGUCCAUCCAGGGCUCUUGAGUUGCCACAGAACUGCGCCGAGUCUGACUGAUUAUGCCGGAGAACAUGGGUCCCAGGAACAACGGGCCUACUGGAGGUUCUGGCAAUCGAGGGAGAGGCGCUUACCAGGAUCGGGACAAACCGGCCCAGAUCCGCUUCAGCAACAUCUCUGCAGUCAAAGCGAUUACAGAUGCUAUUAGAACUAACCUUGGACCAAAAGGAAUGGACAAAAUGAUUCAAGAUGGAAAAGGCGAUGUGACUAUUACCAAUGAUGGUGCUACAAUUUUGAAACAAAUGCAGGUCUUGCAUCCAGCAGCUAGGAUGUUGGUGGAGCUCUCAAAAGUACAAGAUAUUGAAGCUGGUGAUAGUACCACAUCUGUUGUUAUCAUUGCUGGAUCUCUUUUGGACUCUUGUACCAAACUUCUUCAAAAGGGGAUUCACCCAACCAUCAUUUCUGAAUCAUUCCAAAAAGCUGUGCAUCAAGGUGUUGAAGUCUUAACUAAAAUGUCACAGCCAGUGGAACUGAGUGACAGAGAAACAUUACUAAAUAGGGCAACCACUUCACUAAACUCAAAGGUUGUAUCUCAGUACUCAAGCCUGCUUUCUCCAAUGAGUGUAGAUGCUGUGAUGAAGGUGAUUGACCCAACAACAGCUACUAGUGUAGAUCUUCGAGACAUUAAAAUAGUUAAGAAACUUGGUGGGACAAUUGACGACUGUGAACUGGUGGAAGGAUUGGUCCUAACUCAGAAAGUGGCAAAUACUGGCAUAACCAGAGUUGAGAAAGCUAAGAUUGGUCUCAUUCAGUUUUGUUUAUCAGCUCCUAAAACAGAUAUGGAUAAUCAAAUUGUAGUUUCUGACUAUGCUCAAAUGGACAGAGUACUGCGGGAAGAGAGAGCUUAUAUUCUCAAUUUAGUGAAGCAGAUUAAGAAAUCUGGAUGUAAUGUACUCCUUAUACAGAAAUCUAUUAUAAGGGAUGCCCUCAGUGAUCUUGCAUUACAUUUCCUAAACAAAAUUUUGUUUUUUGAAAUUUGAAAAUUGAAAAUUGAAAGAGAGAACAUUGAAUUUAUUUGUAAGACAAUUGGAACCAAACCAGUUGCUCAUAUUGACCAGUCUACUGCUGAAAUGCUUGGUUCUGCUGAACUGGCAGAGGAGGUCAAUUUAAACGGUUCUGGCAAGCUGCUCAAAAUUACAGGUUGCACAAGCCCUGGAAAGACAGUUACUAUUGUUGUUUGUGGAUCUAACAAAUUGGUGAUUGAAGAAGCCGAGCGUUCAAUUCAUGAUGCUUUAUGUGUUAUUCGCUGUUUGGUAAAAAAGAGAGCACUGAUCGCAGGAGGUGGUGCACCAGAGAUAGAGCUGGCCUUGCGUUUAACAGAAUAUUCAUGCACUUUGAGUGGGAUGGAGUCAUACUAUGUCCGUGCUUUUGCAGAUGCUAUGGAAGUCAUUCCAUCUACUUUGGCUGAAAAUGCAGGCCUUAAUCCCAUUUCCACUGUAACAGAAUUAAGAAAUCGGCAUGCUCAAGGAGAGACUACUGCAGGCAUUAAUGUCCGAAAGAGUGGAAUUUCCAACAUUUUGGAGGAGCUAGUAGUUCAGCCUUUGUUGUUCUCUGUCAGUGCUCUGACCCUAGCUACUGAAACUGUCCGAAGCAUUCUCAAGAUUGAUGAUGUGGUGAAUACUCGAUAAUGUUGAUUUAUACUGCAUCUGUCUGGUACAGACAUAUAUUGUGCAGCUGUGGUGGAAGAGUAUUAUUGCCCUGUGGAAUUCUUGUAGUUUGGAAGACUUUGUUUUCUGAGUUCUUAAACCUGGGCUUUCCAGUUGUCAUCCAUCUGAAAAAUGUCAAUACAAUCUAAUAAAAAUAGUAAAUAUUUGGUUUGAAGACAGCAGAUUUUAUUGUGUUAUUCCUGGAAUUCUUUCAAAAGUUAUAAGAAAAAUAAAAACAGCUGUACCUGUUAAAAAAAAA